AUGCGGGAGCAGGUGCAGAUGCGCCGCAACGAUCUGGCAGAGAGAGUUCCAGAAGACCACACGACACCUCGCCUUCGUCGUCCCUUCAACAGGACCUCUCCUCGAACACUCCGCGAAGGAGCCCAGGCCCUGCACUCUUCAUUCACCCAAAUCAAGACCGACAAGACAGAGGUGUACCAACAGUGGAGAGGAGACCUCCCAGCGUCAGUCAUGGCCAUGGCAGUCCAGGUCCCACCGAUCCCAACCGUCACCACCAACUUCUUCUUCAGACACCCGACACUGCGCAGCCCUCCAUCGCCAGCACUACCAGCCAGCUCUCGCACAAUGACGCUCGGAGGGUGGGGCUUCCUACCCCAAGCUUGUACUUAG